CUCUCGAUCCUAAACCAUCGUCUCUCAUCACUUUUCACACGCCGCGAUCCCGUCCUCACCCUCUUUAACCCAGCCAAGUACGCCGCGACCACCCCAACACAACGUCGUCCGCACCAACAACGAGCUGGGGGACCUCAAACAGCAGCUUGAAGACGAAAAAAGGCUUCGCUCUGAGCUGCAAAACACCACCAACCUUUACUACGCGGAAACCAAGGCUGCCAAUCCAAGCUUGAGGUCGCCUAGGGCCGUAGCUUGAGAAAGCUUAAGCGUCGGGCGCUAAAUUGGGCAAUGGGGACUUCCGACAGCAAGCCCUCCGAAGAGGGACAGGAACGACAGCCUAAGCCAUAUGGCGUGUCUGUCAAUUCAACGAUUAUCACAUUGAACCCAUCGUGCCGCGCACUAUACAAUGGCAUGAUCAGCAUUAUCAAGAAGAACAAAUACUCAGACCUUCUAGUCAUUUGCGGAAGUGAUCGGUAUCCAGUCCAUAGGGCCGUUGUCUGCCCUCGUUCGACCUGGUUCGAAGACAAAUGCGAACUAGCUCUCCGCGGUCUCGAUUACUCAUCACCCGCCACGCCAAUGAAAAUUUGGCUUGAGCCAGGCGAGGAACCUCAUAUCAUUGCGGCCGUUCUCACCUAUCUCUACACCCUAGACUAUGGCCCCGAUGGACCAAGUCUAUCCUUCGGCCUCCCUCACGAUCAGAGUAGCAUCCACUCCGAAGGCUCUACCGCGACAGACGUUCGCCUCGCAUCUCCCUCACCCGACAUCGAUGGUGUAGACAUCUUCUCUAUACUCUCUGAUGAUCAAGAUACAGACUACGAAGAAGGUGUGCGAACGCCGACAUCGAGCUGGCGGCCCCAAUCAUCAACACCGUUUGCAGAUGGAUCGCCUCAAUCUGCGAGCACCGACCAGACUCUUCAUGACGACGGUGAUCCAGGAACCCACCCAAAUGCACUCACCCUCCAUUGCCAGAUCUACCUAGCCGCUCACCGCUUUGGCAUUGCACCACUAGCAGAAAUCUCAAAGGAUAAGUUCACAAAAGCGCUCCGUGACAAUAACUCCUCGGCCGACCUCAUUCCGUGCAUUCGCGAGGUGUAUCGGCAGCAAAGCAGUAACCCGACUGCGUCUACGCUCAAACAAGACGUGAUCAAAGCUGCAAGGUCGAGAUUUCGGAAGUUGAAGGAGGAGGAGGGGUGGGAGGCGCUUGUGAUAGAGUUUCCGGAGUUUGCGGCCGAUAUGCUGAGGGGUAUGUGAGAGCCAAAAUGAAGCGUUAAGGGAAAUGGAUGGGAGUAAUCUGGCGUUUUUGUUUCGUGAAAGUAAAUGCAUCAGUCAUUUCCACGCUACGGUACACGAAUCGGGUCUUUGAACUUUUGCAGGAGAUGGCAAGAAGUUUGUAACUUAGUUGGGGCAAAUGGUGAUCAACCCUUACAGUACUGGGUUAUAAGUCUAGGCACACGGAUUGAUCACUGCUCAGCUCUGAUCUUGAUCACUUGACGCCACUGUGAGGAGCAAGCCAGCUAGUAAUUAGUCAGUCAGUCAAGAGGCAGUCUAAUUCUCACUACUUCAAACUUGACAUCGCG